AAAUUAACAGAUGAUUCUCAAUUUAGUGUGAGUGUAAGCUGACAAUUGUCAUUUUUCAAAUUUCUAAAUAAAUAAAUAAAUUGUAAAUAGAAUAAAAAUUAAAAAAUGCGUAUUUAAAUAUUUGAAAAGUCAGCACGCAUUUUUUAAAAUCAUUAUUGUAAUUAAUUUAUUUACAAUUUGUCUGAUGUCCGCUACAUUCACACUCAUAAAUUUGUAGACAAUUAGAAAUUUUCGAAUUUUUGGACAGCAAAUAAAUUACAAAAAAAAAAACUAAAAGUGUGCAGGUGUAGAAAAUUUAAAAAAAUUAUAAGUGGGAUUUUUUUUUAAAUUUAUCCUCAAAAAUUGUACACAUGUGAGACGUCGACUAACUUCAGUAUCAUAAGUGACAGUUUGACAUUUUUAUCAAUUUAUCACAACACAUGAGUAAUUUUCGUACGUUCUUCUAAAUAUUUACCCAAAAUGUUAAUUAAUUUGUGUAAUAAUUAUUUAAAUACUAAAGUGAAGUGCGAUAAGCCAAGUUGUGAUGAUUAUGACGCUGAUAAUUUGAUAACUGUUAAUAAUGAUAAAGGUUUUUUGGUUUACUCAUGUAUAAAACCACCAAUCAACAUUGACUUUAAUUUUGUAAACAAUAUUAAAUUGAGUCACAUAAUUAUCUGGCCAGCAAUUGGUGAGCAAAAGUCUACCGGUUUCAAAUUGACAGUGAAUUCUAGAACUAAUUGUCUAAACCAACUUGCUGUUGGGUUCCUGAACCCCAAUGACAGUGGAAUAAUAUUUUGCUGUAAUUAUGUUGAUGUAAAUGAGUUAAAAAAUAAUUACAGUAAUUUUUCUAUAAAAUAUAUCAGCAGUUAUAGUCAUAAGUUUGUAACUUGUAUGGAUAAUUUGAAAUUGACGAUUAUAAAGACUCAAAAAUCGGUAGCUGCUGUAAAAAGAAUUGAAAUAUGGGGUCACGUAAGCCCUGGUACUAAAAUACAGGACCUGUGGAUUAAUUACAGUAAUAAUUGUCUAAAAAAUAUUUCACUGCAAGUAAAUAAUUGUGUUGUUGAGAAAGCAGAGGAAACACAGUCGAGCAACAAAAAUUCACUGGAAAUACCAGAAGAAUUUCUGGACCCUAUAACCUGCAGCUUGAUGAUCCAGCCGAUAAUUUUGCCAUGUGGAAAGAUCAUCGACUAUAGUACUUUAGAAAAUUAUGGAAAAAAUGAAGCACUCUGGGGACGACAACUGAGUGAUCCAUUUACCGGAGUACGUCUCAGUAAUGACUUCCGUCCAAUUUACGCCCAAGCGUUAAAAUGUCGGAUUGAUAAAUUUAUCACCGAUAAUCAUUACCACAGCGAAUUCAUUAAUGUUCCGCGUCUUCUGGGUCCUCAUAGACAUUCCAGUGGUGAUGUAGAUCUAAAAAGCAUCUCCAGUGAUGCCAGUGAUCGACUGGAAACACCCAAAGUUAAUUCACUGCCUAAAAAUAAUGAUUUGCAAGUAAAAAAUAUAAAAUCUAGCCACCGGAUUCCUAUAAUUGCUAAUUACUCAAAGUCAAAUUAUUUUGUGUCAAAAGCAAGAGUUAGGAGACCAAAUAAACUAAAAGGAUUAAUUAGCAACUCUAGUUUAAUUAAGAAGGACCUCAAUUCACUAGAAAAUACAGAAUCAAGUGAAUCGGUGCUGAGUCUUGACGAUAACUUGAGGGAUAGUUUGAAGUCUCUAUUUUCAAAUUUAAAAAACUUUGAUCAAGUUAAAGAUAAAACGAAUCCUAGUGAUAAUUUAGUGUGUGAAUGCUGUAGAAAUAAUAAUAAUAUUAAAGAUAAUUGUCGAUAUAAAUUACCUUGUAGUCAUAUUAUAUGUCGUAGCGCUCUAUUGUCAAGUAAAAAUAAUAAUUUGUUCAGUUGUAAUGAAUGCAAUGUUAGUUGCAAGACUAAUGAGAUUGUUAAGGUGCAUCUUAGUUAAUGUUAAAUAAUUUGUAAUAUAUAUUUUUAUAUUUUAAAAUAAA